AAACUUCGUUGGAGAAACUCUACUUACAGACUUCGUUGAGGAAUUUGCUACUGACCAACAUCGCUAGACAUCUUGGAACUCUAUCGUCGUUGCUAGCUUUUCUUCUCGGCUUGGCUAGAAAACUUACACCUUCAGACUUUGUUAAGGAAUUUGUUGCUGACCAACAUCGUUAGGCGAAAUGAGACAACCCAUGGCACGUAGCCUUUUACAUGUGAAACGGUUGUCACCAAAAAGACCUUCCUCAUCAUUCACGGGUGGCAUCCUAGUCAGCCUCCACAUCAUCACGACUGUUGACUCAUUAACCUACAUCACCAACACCCCUAAACAGAUGGUUUAUUUGCUCCGAGAAUAUAAGGAUGUUUUCACUUGGAACUAUGAUGAAAUGUCGGGGCUUGAUCCAACCUUAGUGGCACAUUCUCUAAAUGUUGAUCCUAAUAUGAAGUGCUGCGUUGACUUCCAUGAUCUCAACAAGGCAUGCCCUAUGGAUGAAUUCUCUGUCUUGAACAUGGAUGUGCUAAUGGACAACAUCGCUGGUUGUGAAAUGUACUCUAUUAUGGAUGGCAGCAGCAGAUAUAACCAAGUUAGUAGACCACUUGAAGUCUAUUUGUCUACUUUUGACAAAGCUGUGAGUGCACUGGUUGCCCAAGAUGACCAAGAAGGUAAGGAGAAACCGGUCUACUAUGGGCAAGUUGUUGCAAAUAUGCUGUCUGAGUUUUCUGGCGAAAUCCAGUAUCCUAUUUCUGACGAAGUCCCAGGUGGUGAGGUUGUUACUGCACAAAAGAUUGAGGAAGAAUUGACAUUAUUUUUCGAUGGUUCUUCCAUGGUUGAAGGGGUUGGGGCUGGUGUUGUUCUUAGAGAUGACAAAGGCCAUGAUACGCACUUGAAAAUCAUUGGCGAUUCAGGUCUGAUCGUUCGCCAAGUUCAAGGUACCUUUGCUGUUCAAGAAGAACAUCUCGCGCCAUAUCGUUCUUCCAGCCAAUACCUGGAGUAGUCCUUUGCCAGCAUAAGAUAUGAGCAAGUACCACGGAUGGAGAACCGAUUGGUUGAUGCCUUAGCCACAAUCACUUUGAGGGUGCAUAUGGCCGAGAAUCCCUUCAGCAUCCAAAUUGUCCAAAAAGAGCAACCUAUCUAUUGUGCUUGUGAAUCUGUUUUUCUUGACUUACCUAACCGUGCCAACUAGUGGUAUGCAAUUAAUGUGCCUUUGAAGG